UGCAGGAGCACUGGGAUUUGCUCUGGCCAUAUUCCAACGGAGCUGUCUCCAUUCAGCUGGCGCAGAUCCCCUGGCAGUCUCUGCAUGGGCCCCGGGCGCUGCCAUUUCACACCCGGGCGGCCCCUUCGCCGCUGCGACACGCAGGAGCUGGGCUCUCAGUCCCACCCCACCAUGUCCUCCUCAGGAAAAGCUGCUGCUCCUCCCUCCUGCCUCUCCCCCCAGUGCUUUGACCUGCUGACCAAGUCCUGCGUCAAGUGCUCCGACUUGUUCAAGAAAAGCACAACAGAGCCCUCCAGCGCUGUGCCCACCUCUACCCUGGCACCAACCCCCCCCUCAGUGGACCUGCCCAGCACCGUCCUGAUCUUCGGGAUCCUCGCAGUGGUGGGUGUCAUCCUGGCUGUAGCUGUCCUUUGGGGCUUCCUGGCCUGCAAGGUGGGCAAACAGCGGAGGAAGAGGAAGGCGGCAGAUGAGGAGGCCAAAGCAAAUGUGGAUGCUGCUGUCCCCCUGCCCUGCCUGGGUUGCAAGGACCCUGCUGCACUGGAGGGAGAUGCUGCCUUGGCCUCAGCCCCAUGCCCAAAUAUCAACGGAGGCCAGAAGACACCAGGGCCGCCCAGGAAAGCUGGAGCAAAGCGGAGGCCGUGCUGUCAGGGUGAUGCUGACGGUGACAUUGUCCUGCCCACCACCCUGUACCCCCGGCAUGAGGAGUGCAACCACGGCUUCCCACUGCCUGCCACUGAGCUGGGGGCCACGGCCCUGGUCACCACCAAAACCACCCAGAACUGUGCCAUCGAGGAGAGAGCCUGAGGGUGAGGGGAACAGGGCUGGAGCGCUCCAGCUUCUCCCUGUGGAUGCCCGGAGCCCACCGCUGGGACCAUCAAAGCCUUGCAUGGACAUGAGCUGGCUGAGGACUGGGUUUUGCCUUGAGAAAGAUCAGCCUUCUAGGAUGACUGCCCUUUUCCACUUUCCUGUUUUCACCGAGUCCAAAGUUACGCCUGCAAGCGCUGGAGGAAGCCAAAGCAGAUCACGCCAAGUUACAAUGAGUAGCUGACAGCUGUUGCAGUUGUACUGUCCAGAGGAGGCAGAGGAAUUGCAGCUGGUGAGGAUGGAGCUGGUGGGGUCCACCGUGAUGUUUGCAAGGCUGUCAUCAGGCCAGGCUGGGUUUGCUGCUGGACAGGCAAUUCCUGGGGACAUGGGUUUGGAAUAGCAGAAGGAGGAGGGGAAAAGGAAGAUGGAGAGGGAAGCAGGAGGUGACAUUAUGAUCAAGUCCCACAUUGCAGCCAUUAGCUCAAUUUUUGCUACUGACCUCAAUAAAAGGAGGCUUGGGGCCAUACAGAGCAAGGCGCAUCCGGCAUCUGCUCCAUUCACAGUCUUUCCUCCCCCGUCUUCUGCACUCCAUAAUAUCCAGGUCUCUCCUCCCUCUGGGCACUCUCACAUGGUGGCAGGCCUCCACAGACACUCGUGGGAGCCCCUUCUGCCAUCAGGUACCCUGGGGAUGGCAGAUGAGUCUGUCUUCUCAAGCAGGGAGAAAGGGAGGGAAGAGGGAAAAAUAAUCUGUCUGCUCUGACCUACCAUUACUGGAGUCAGGGAGGACCAGGGGCAGGCAACAGAGACUGCUGGUCUAGAGGAGCUCCAUGAGCUUGUUAUUACAGCCCCAGACAACCAUCACUUCAGCUCACAGUGGCUGCAGAAACACUGCUUGUCACUUGGGAUGACAGGGCUCCCGGUGAUGGAUGUUUCCACGCCGCACAGAACCAGGCAGGGAGUGAUGCGAGCGUAGGCGGGAUGACUUAAUUUAUGUGAGUGUCUUCAAGGCUUUGCCUGUGCACCAGAGCUGGCCAGGGGCAGUGCCCGUCCAAGGCAUCUCACCGGAGAUGGUCUUGUUCACCCACCCGCAAGUGGCUUUACUGAGCAGGAAGGGCUCUGCUUUGGAACCCGACUCAUUAGUGCAGGAUUGCUGUUCCCAAAUAAUUACAGCAGGUGAUCCCCCUAGCUGAAGAGAACGUGCCCAAUGUCUUGGACAAGAAACAUUGCUGGUAUCAGAGGGGCCAGUUAGGCAAUUAGAAGUGCCCAGGGUGGGUGGUUAUUUGCGUGAAGUCCCAUCUUGGUAGCAGCCUGGGUAAGCUUUUUCUUUGACAAGGUGGCCUCCUUGCCCAGGAGGCUUCAGGGAGCGAGCAGUGGUGGCCAUUGAGGGCCACAGCUUGUGGCAGAGUCCCCAGCUGGUCCCUCUGAUGACAGGGCGGUGGCCCCCUGCCCAAGCCUGAGUGCUCGCUGCAGCUGCACGACCAGAUGCUGCUGUUAAAGGGUGGCUCUCCCUCUUCACCCCUGACGUGGAUCUGGAGCCAAGCUUUAGGCAUCCGUCCCAUAAGGGGAAUCACAGGAGCUGCUGCAGGUGCCAAAGCCCAAAUUCUUCACAACUCCUACUCCAGACCUAAACACCCUGGCAGAGGUGAGCCUGAGGCUCUGUCUGACCCAGGAUGGGAUGGGUCCCUGUCUUAGUCUCAGAGAUGAGGAUGGUGAAGGGGUUGGUCCAUGUACCCAGCAACUGUCCCCUGGGGCUCUGGGCAUCUGUGACUCACUGGCAGGAGCUGUGGAGGCUCCAGCGCUGGGCUCCCCGUUAUCUUCAGCAGCCAUGCUGCCCAUAUCAGGAGGGGCAUCCCUGGGGCUUGAAUCCAGCAUCUUCUCACCCUCAUGCUCCGCACUUGGCCCUGUGAAGUGACUUUGAGCAUCCUUUGUGCAUCUGGAGUGGACAAGUGAGCUGAAGGCAGGACAUUUUGGUGCUCAUGGGAGGUAGAGUAACAUGCUUCGUGGGAGGUGGAGGUGAGAUGGAAAGGAAGAAGGACUGUUGGGCUCUUCUCCCUCUUCUCACUCAAGAGAUCACUGCAGCUCAGCCCUGCAAAUACACUGCCCUCCGUGACUGGCAUGGCAUUUGCAAAAGAAACUGCCUAAUGAGUCCUGUUGAAAAAGCCCCUCUUUCUGCUCAGGUAAGGGCUUCUGCUCUCAUUUCUGCUAGAGCUUCAGCCAAGCGUCUCCUCCACAGGACACCGCUGGCACCCGCAGUUCUCAAAAGUGGUAUUUCGAUCCACAUUGGAUUCCUCAGCCUGUGAGUGCCCCUCAGAUCCCCUCUCUGUUAUGGCAUGCAGGGUCUCUUCCCCACAUCCUGCCUGCCUGUCUGCCAGCAUGGUGGGGCAGUGCCCCACUCCUGCCUAGCCUGGGACAGGUUUGAAACCCCAUUGUGCAUGUUUCUCUGUUGUCUGUCUUCUCUGCACGGAGAGCAGAGAGACAAAAAAAAUACAGUUGUAAAAAUGAAACAAUAAAUCGAACCUGUUGCCA